AUGAUGAUGCUCAACACAAGGAUUACACGAGACUACAUGUCUGUUGAAGAAAUGACUAAUGCACAUACAAAAAUAUGGGGAAACAAGUUUUCAUUUUUGCAUAUAGCACUUCCUAGAUCAAUCAACACUGAAUGCUCCAACCCCCUUGAUUUCAUCUAUAAAACACGCAAACAGAUCAGUAGGCACAGAAAUUCACCAGCAGUCUGUCUCACUGCCCAGUUCUUGGAGAUUACAAGAAAGUACAAAGGAUCUGAGGCAGUGGCGAAACACAUCCAUAGUACAUUGCGUAAAUCAAGCAUGUCAAUGACAAACAUGAUUGGUCCAGUUGAGCAAGUAACAUUAGCUGGUCAUCCGAUAAAAGGCAUGUACUUCAUGGUUACUGGCAGUCCUCAGAGCCUGGUAAUAACAGUUAUGAGUUACACCCAAACUUUGAGGAUUGGAGUUGGAGCUGAAAAGGGCUUCAUAGACUCACAGAGGUUGAAUUCAUGCAUCAAGAAUGCUUUCGAGUUGAUCAAUGAGGCAGCAACAAAGAGCAAAUAA